GGCAGCUACCUCAUACAAUACGUACGUAUGGAGCCGCCAAAUGAUCACUACUACCACCACGGCUAUUCUGUGUCUUUCUCCUCCAGUGUACAGUACACCCACAAUCAGCAUGGUUUUACUGAUAUGGAGAAUGGCGACGACGAGCUGUCGUCGUUCCUCAUGGAAGCCGUCUCCACCCCCACCACCAGCAGCAGCUCAGCUUCCUCUGCAAGUGCCUGGGAGGAGCAGGAAUUCGUCUACGGCAAGCGAGGCGGCAGCGAGAUCACGACGACGCCUGCCGUGUCGUCGUCAUUUCAAGAAAGCCACGGGGGCGGCGCGAGCAGCGCGCGCAUGCCGGACUCGCCGAACCCGCUGAUCGGGGUGCGGAAGCGGCCGUGGGGAAAGUACGCCGCUGAGAUCCGGGACUCCACCCGCAACGGCAAACGCGUCUGGCUCGGCACCUUCAACUCGCCCGAGGCCGCCGCGCUCGCCUACGAUCAGGCCGCCUUCGCCGUGCGCGGCCCGGCGGCCGUGCUCAACUUCCCCGUCGAGCGCGUGCAGGAGUCGCUCGCCGCGCUGGGCAUUGGCAGCGCCGCCGCCGCCCCGGGGGACUCGCCUGCCCUCGCGCUCAAGCGGAGGCACUGCAUCCGGAAGAGAAACCCCAGCAAGAACAAGAGGACGGGCACGGCGGCGACGGCAGCUGCUGCGUCCGCGACGUCCGUGCUGGAGCUGGAGGACCUUGGAGCGGACUACCUCGAGGAGCUGCUCACCUUGUCCGAUCUGUGAGCCGCUACCGCGCGUUCCUCCGAUAGAGAUAUCAUGCAUCUGCCAUGGCGAUCCCUCGGCUCCUAUCCUAGUACCAGCGACGAGCACCGUUUAUUCACAUUGACGCGACCUCGCAUCAGUCCGUCAGUCCCUCGCGUCAAUUUUUUUACAUUGCUGCCGGAACAGCACAGGCCGGGCCAUGGUCGACGUGCAUGUUUGUAGAUGUGGCCCAUCUCUAUUGUUCACUGAAACCAAACCAGCAACACAAAAUAUCAAGGUUCAUUGUUGGGUUAUUCCUGGGCCACGAUGAUAUAGACAUUUUGUUUUGAGAGGAAACAGUAGACUUGCUACUGCGUAUAUUUAUGA